UACAGCGCUAAUGCUAAUGCUUUGUCUUGUUGUCUCUAGUCACUCUUGAGUCAGAACUCGUCUUUGCUGGUAUAAAGUAAAACAAUAAACACAUUUAACCAUUCAUACCACCAAUUUAAACUAUGAGCAAACGAAAAGCGCCACAAGAAACUCUGAACGAAGGAAUCACAGACUUUCUGAUUGAGUUGGCCAAUUAUGAGCGAAAUGUCAACAGAGCCGUCCACAAAUACAAUGCUUACAGAAAAGCAGCAUCUGUGAUUGCCAAAUACCCACAGAAGAUCACAAGUGGAACAGAAGCAAAGAAACUGGAUGGAGUUGGUGCAAAGAUAGCUGAGAAAAUCGAUGAGUUUUUAACCACAGGAAAACUGCGCAAACUGGAAAAGAUUCGCAGUGAUGACACAAGCUCCUCCAUUAACUUCUUAACCAGAGUGACUGGAAUCGGUCCUGCUGCGGCUAGGAAGUUUUAUGAUGAGGGUGUCAGGACAUUAGAAGAUCUGUCGAAAAUUGAACACAAGCUCAACCAUCAUCAGCAGAUCGGGUUAAAGUACUUUGAAGAGUUUGAGAAGAGAAUUCCUCGUGCAGAAAUGCAGAAAAUGGAGGGUCUGAUAUUAAAAGAACUUGAUAUAGUGGAUCCUGAGUACAUUGGCAUCAUCUGUGGCAGCUAUAGGAGAGGAGCAGAGUCGAGUGGUGAUAUUGAUAUAUUGCUGACCCAUCCAGACUUCACCUCUCAGUCUGAGAAACAGCCCAAACUUCUUCACGCAGUUGUGGAUCAUCUGGAGUCCAUCGGCUUCAUCACGGACACUCUGUCUAAAGGAGACACAAAGUUUAUGGGUGUGUGCCAACUUCAGGAAGAUGAAGAAGAUUAUAUUCACCGCCGAAUUGAUAUCAGGCUUAUUCCAAAGGAUCAGUAUUACUGUGGAGUGCUGUACUUUACUGGGAGUGACAUAUUCAACAAGAACAUGAGGACUCAUGCACUGGAGAAAGGCUUUACUCUUAAUGAGUACACCAUUCGUCCACUAGGGGUCACAGGUGUGGCUGGAGAGCCGCUGCUGGUGGACAGUGAGAAGGACAUCUUUGACUACAUCCAGUAUAAAUACAAGGAACCAAAGGACCGCAGCGAGUGAAACUAGCAGAGACUGUGAGAGAGGGAUGUGAACAUGAUGGUCUCUCUCAAGAAUGUAAUCCAUCUGUCAUACACAAAAUUUCAACCUCAAAGUGUGUGUGUGUGUGUGUGUGUGUGUGUGUGUGUGUGUGUGUGUGUGUGUGUGAAAUCAGCUACUUGGAAGUAGUUGAAGGUGCUUUUAACAAUAAUCAUACAUAGUAUUUUAUUUACAUUACAAAUCCAGUUCUGAAUUGCUUCGGGUAGAGAAAACAGCGUAAACAUUUGUUUAUUCCGAGACUGCGACAUUUAAUUUGUAAGGAAGCAAACUGUAUUGAUUUUUGACUGUGUGUGUGAUUUGUUAUUUAAAGUUUGCAUGGUCCAGUCUGUUGCUUUUUGGAUAUUUUAUUGGAUAGUGUGACAUUUACAGUAUGUGUAAUUUGGGUGGCACGGUGCCCGGUGGCUCAGUGGUUAGCACUGUCACCCCUCAGCAAGAAGGUCCCGGGCUCAACUGUGUGGCAUUUGCAUGUUCCCUCCGUGUUCCCAUGGGUUCCCUCUGGGUCCCCCACAAGUCCAAAAACAAUUGGGAGACUCUAAAUGCCCCUGUAGGUGUGAGUGAGAGUCCCCAGCCACUGGGGGUGGCGUCAGGAAGGGCAUCCGGCGAAAAACCUGUGCCAAGUCGGAUAUGUGGAUCACGGAAGGUGCGCUGCCGCGGCCCCUAACGGGAGCAGCCGAAAGAAGAUACAGGAUGUGUAAUUUAUGACACUGUUCUGUAAAAUAAGGGCCAAAUACUUUGUGGUUCUAAGUCAUUUUAAUUUGUUAAUUGUAUCAUUACUUGAAAUGUAUCAGUACUUUUUGUACAAGUCAAAAGGGCUGCAGCCAAGCUAGAAUUUAACUCGGCAGAUGGAUGGAAACACUGUUGUAUAUACUGUAAAGGUGCCAGAAAUGGAGAAACGUUCAAUCUAUUUCUAUUUAGAGUAAUGGCGGGAUGCUCGAAACGUCACUACUAUCUAAUAAAACUCCUGUUCAUGGGAACUUUGGAUUGUUGCUUUUUUAUGUGUGUGUGUGUGUGUAUAUAUAUAUAUAUAUAUGUGUAUGUGUGUGUGUGUAUAUAUGUGUGUGUUUGUAUGUGUGUGUGUGUGUGUGUAUAUAUGUGUGUGUGUGUGUGUGUGUGUAUAUACAUAUGUGUUUAUGUGUGUGUGUGUAUUUAUGUAUAUGUGUGUGUGUGUGUGUAUAUAUAUGUGUGUGUGUAU